AAGAAGCGUAGUCCGUCACCGUACGUCAUUGUAAGCGUAUCACCAACUCCAACUACGAUUCGAUUAGUUGUCAGUGACAGUGUCGGCUCCAAGAAAGUAGAAACCAUUAGAUAUCCAAUCGGAGAUCCACCGGAACAGUAGUGUCAAUGUCGACUCCCGCAACCGCUGGAAGAGGAUCGAUCACUCACGUGAUCUUCGACAUGGACGGCCUUCUUCUCGACACGGAGAAGUUUUACACGGAGGUACAGGAGAUCAUACUUGCUAGAUUCAACAAAACUUUCGAUUGGUCUCUCAAGGCUAAGAUGAUGGGAAGAAAAGCUAUUGAAGCUGCCAGGAUCUUUGUUGACGAAAGCGGCAUCAGCGACUCGCUUUCAGCUGAGGACUUUCUUGUUGAGAGAGAGGCCAUGCUGCAAGAACUCUUCCCUACUAGUGAGCUUAUGCCAGGGGCUAGCCGGCUCAUCAAGCAUCUCCAUGCUAAGAACAUUCCUAUUUGUAUUGCUACGGGAACUCACACACGUCACUUUGAUCUAAAAACCCAAAGACACAAAGAGCUCUUCUCACUGAUGCAUCACGUAGUUCGCGGAGAUGAUCCUGAGGUGAAGCAAGGAAAGCCUGCCCCUGACGGUUUUCUCGCUGCAUCUAGGAGAUUUAAGGAUGGUCCUGUUGACCCACAAAAGGUUCUGGUAUUUGAAGAUGCUCCUUCCGGAGUUCUUGCUGCUAAAAACGCCGGAAUGAACGUGGUGAUGGUACCGGAUCCUAGACUAGAUAUAUCUCACCAAGACGUUGCAGAUCAAAUCAUGACUUCGCUACUCGAUUUCAAACCAGAGGAAUGGGGUUUGCCUCCAUUCGAGGAUUCAAACUAAAGCUUCUUCAAGGUAAUGAUAAGAAGUCAGAAUCAUGAAUAUGUGAGAGAGCGUUGAUUGUUUGUCGUUUUAUUAUAUUUGUUUUGGCACUUACAUGACAAGGCCAUGAGGUUUUAUGUCGUCAAGGGGUGUGAUUUCUGGCUAUUGAAGCCAAAAUGGAAACUAAGUUUGUGACA